GAGUGUGGUCUAGACGUAUUGUAAUAAUCGUACACUCACACCCACACUCUCAAGAAAAUUUUUAAAAUAUACAGUUUCGUAGAGCUCGACAGGCUCUAUCAAACCAUAUAUAAAUCGCGAAAAAAACAUUUUAGUCGAUUUUUACAUUUGCUGCACCUUAUAAUCUUUUAGAUAUUAACUGAUUGAUUUUGUUUCUAUUUAGUUUGCACUUUUGUCUAAUUUGUGUUCAAUCGCUGAAGAUGCAGUUUUUCAUGUUGAAAAUGAUGUUGGAAACAAUGAUUUUAUUACCACUUAUCUUCUUACUGACACACAAAUUGAAUUCGAAGUGAAUAGUACGACGGAAUCUUUUAAAAACAGUGCAUCUGCUCGAAUAGUUAUGUUCUUAAACUACUUAAGAACAACUAUACGGGGGAACUACUUAGUGUCAGCUCUUAAUACAAAUUUAAUAGCUGAAAUAUCCACCGACUGGAAUAGGUCUGAUAUAAUUUCAUUCUCAGUAGGGUAUCGUUCUACAAGUGGAGGUGUGUUCUGUAAUCGGGAUAACCCAACCAGUGCAGCUACUCUCAAUCCUCUGUUAAAUGAUUACAUGACUACGGAACGAAUACAGACAUUCGAAUCGAUGCCAAAUUCUACAAUUGUCAAUGGAUUUUUUGCAGCAUGUACUCCUCUCGAAGCUCUUCUUCAGAGUACACUCGAUUGUUUAUAUGAAAUCGAGUGUCUGCACUUAUUAUCCGAUUAUUUUCCAGUUCUUAAUCAUAUGGAUGUUAACUGGAUCGACUCUGUUCUGACUUCGAAACAACAAAAUCUUUCUGUGAACGACUAUUUCAAUAAUCUUUUUAUUGAAGAAUGGUUGCCACAAAUAAAUUAUUCAGAGUAUUUUAAUGAAUGUCAACCUUCAGUCUGUACAUACACGGCAACAGAUCGAGCUAAUAUUUCAUACGCAAUUACUCUUUUCAUUAGUCUAUAUGGUGGUCUCGUGAUAAUACUUCGUUUAAUUGCAUCAUUUUUGGUAAGUGUCUCAUUAAAAUUCAAACAUCGUUCAAGAAACGCACGUAUGCAUUUCGGUUCAAUUAUUGUGCUUCUUCUCUUCAAUUCAUUGAGUACUCAAACAGCUACAGUGACUAUUCUAAAUCCAUCAUUAACUGCGUAUAAAAAUUUACAGACGUUGCACUCAGCUACACUCAAUUGUCCUUGUUCAACCAAAACUAUCUCUUAUCGUUCAUUCGUUUCCUUAUCUCCAGCAUUGCAUCAGGUGUGCUCAAGUGGUUUUGUUACUGAUGAUUGGUUUACUUUAUUACAAAGAAGUAUCAAUAUGUAUUAUCCUAAUGAUUGGCGUAAUCGAGCUCGGGCACAAUUCCAACAGUUGUCUGAUUUUUGUCGACUGGCUAAUAAAACGAUUGAUGAUAGUGCUGAUCGCUUUCUGAAGCAGUUGUUUAUCGCGUCAACUGUAUUUAAUGAAAUCGAGUUCGAUAUACAAUUAAAUGCAACUCUUAGACAGUUUUAUAAUUCAACGAUUUUCGACUUUAGUCUUCAGAACGACGUUGUACGUCUUUUAUUGCAAGUCGAUCAGCCUUAUAUGGGACCAUUAAUGGCUGACAUAGAUUAUUUGCAUGCUAACCUAAUCAUAACCAUUAUAAAAAAUGAAAUAAACAAUCAGUUCUUACCACAGGUAUCAUUUAUUUUACCUGGCAUUCCAGAAAUUAAUUCGACAGUGCUCACCUGUGUUUGUUCAACUGACCCUCAUUGUCAAGGUUCAAACGUCAUUUAUACUCCUGAAUUGGCUGGUGGCAUUCCUUUAAUCAAUGAUCCAACACGCAGUCGUUUUCCUCCAAAUACUUCAGUUUCAACUAUAGUUGAAGAAAUGAUGAUGGAACAAUGGAAUGUAUUUUUGUCAUACAAGGACUUUUACGAAUCAUGUGCACCGAUUUAUUGUACAUAUUCUGAAAAAAUUCGUAAAAAGACUAUUGCGGGAAUAAUUAUAACAAUGAUGUCUGUGAUUGGUGGACUUGUUGUCUCACUACGUCUUAUCACACCUAAUGUUGAUCCGAUAAAAGCUAAACGUCUUGGUCGAUGGGCAACUCGUCUGUACAUUGCUUUAUUUAUCGGUGGUCUUAGUAUUCUUACUAUAUAUACCCUAAUUGAACCACAAAUUAUGACGAAAACGUUUGAUAAACCGUCUUUCAAUGUUUACAAGAAUCUGAAACUGCUUCAUGGUGAUAAAUUAAAAUGUCCAUGUUCAGUGAUUGCAUCGGUAUAUAGCCAAUUUGUAGAAAUUGAGCCAAUAUUUCACCAGAUCUGCUCGAGUCCAUUCGCAUCGGAACAAUGGCGAAUUAAUCUUACAGUUGGUCUUGCUGCUAAUUUGUCUAUUUAUGCACGAAGAGACUAUCGUCGUUUUCUUUCUGCUCAUCUACAAUUUCUUCAAGGAUUAUGUCAACUUUCCAUGAAUGCAGUGAAUAAUUCGAUCAAUCAAUUUCGUACCUCAUUACUUGUCACUUCUGAACUUCUUUCAGAAAUAAAUUUUAAUCAAACACUUGAAUCGUUGAUGGAACAGAGUAAAUCAAAUGCCCCUACAACAUUCCGUCAUCUUCUCUUUUUAAUUCGAACUAUCAAUCAUGGAAAUGCUUUCAUGUCAACAUAUGGAACAACUUUCGAAUACAUUGUAUCCAAGGAUACAACUGAUACAUUUUAUGCGCCUACUCGAGCUCUAAUCUAUGAUGAUGAAUGUUCUUGUGGGUUAUGUUCAAAUUGUACAACUCAAGCAAAUUUUAUCAUAUCCAAUUCUCCUAAAAUAAUUUCAAUUCCAAUUAAAGGUUUAAAAAUAGGAUGUACACCAAGUGAAUCAUUUCGUGCUUCGACUCUUGAAUGUUUUUAUGAUAGUUCAUGUAUUAAUCUCAUUCAUCAAUAUACUAAUUACAGCAAUUCUCAUGAACCUCUCUCUAUAAUGAAGAGUCGUUUCUCGAUUAACACUAAAAUAGCUGAACUUAUUGAUAAUCUAUUCAUUGAACAAUGGUCAAAUAAGACGAAUUAUACAUCUUAUUUUGAGCAAUGUUUACCAUCGUAUUGUUCCUAUACUAGUGCUCAAAAAUUCAACUUACUCAAUAUAAUCACUCUUUUACUUAGUCUUCAAGGUGGUCUCGCAAUCAUUCUUAAAUGGACUUGCCCUAAAAUAGUUCGAAUUGCAUCUAAAAUAAAUGAUUAUCGAAAAAAGCGAACGAAUACUGUUCGCCCUGUCUGUAUUCUUGAAAAAACAUCCAAUGAUAUUUCUAACACAACCAUUGAAAAUGCCACUACAAAUACAGAGACAAAUUUAACACUAGAAACAUCUUCGACAAUAGUCGUUAGAUCAGUUCGAUGUACUUCCAAGGUCAUUUUCGGAUGUAUACUACUGACUUGUGUACUAGCAGCUUUGGCUAUUUUUUCAUUUUAUACCGU